AAAAUAAACAAUUAGAGAACAGAAACGGGGGAACAGCGCGGUAGAAGUAUUUGGCAAGAAAAUAAACACAGAAAGCAAAUUUACCCAAACACAACAUCGGGAAAAUUAUGGCAGAGGAAGGGAAAGCAGAUGACCAAUUGUUUCAGCUCCUCUCUAGUCUCCUCCAACAGGUGGAAUCAUUGACCAAUCAAGAAGAAGUUGAAUUGCGCUCCAAAAUUGAAGCCCUGGGAUUAGAAGUUACGAAAGUCCCUUCAAAAUCAGUGCAGCCUCUUGGGGAGUUGGAUAUAGCCAAGCAGCUGGAUGAAUUAUCAGAGAAGUUAGAAGAUGUAGAUGAGAGAAUUUCUUCGGCAAUGGCUGCAGAUCCCCAGGUGCAGACACUUUUGAGCGACACUGCUGAUGUUUGGAUGCCAGUAAUCACUGCUACUGCUGAGGAGAGACGUAACUUUACUGUGCCAUUCAAAGAUGAUUACUCUGAAGUGAAUGGGAAAAAUUAGUUCCUGAAUUCUGAGUUCUGUAUACUUGAUUCUUGAUUUUCUGCCUCUCCCGUUGCAACUUUUAUUUAUUUAUUUAUUUAUUGUGGACAAGUGAAAGAUUAAAAAUAAAAUGGAGAAUGCUUAGAUCUCCUUGGGAGCCCGCAUUACAGAUAA